AUGUUUAUUAAUUUAUUAUUAGUGAUAAUAAUAUCACUAGUAUUAAGUAAUAAUGAUAAAAUAGUUUUUGCUGAACCUAAUAAUCAAAUUUCAAGAAUCGCAGGAAUUGAUGGAGACCAUCAAUUUAUUGAUAGUUAUGGAAGGCAAAGGUUUUUUAGAGGACUUAAUGUGGUUUAUAAAGGAUAUCCUUACUAUCCAAAAAUUGAUGCUUUCGAUCCAGUAACUUCUUUCACAGAAGAAGACAUUCAGAUAUUAUCUAGCGUCAAUAUGAAUGUUAUAAGACUUGGGGUGCUUUGGGCAGGUGUUGAACCUGUGCAAAAUCAAUAUAAUGAAUCCUAUUUACAAGUUAUUAAAGGUAUAGUUGAUAAAUGCAAUCAAUAUGGAAUUUAUGUAUUGUUGGAUUCUCAUCAGGAUGUCAUGAAUGAAAAAUUUUGCGGGGAGGGCUUUCCAAAAUGGGCAUCUUUGCCAGAAGGCGGUAAGGCGUUUCCAUUCCCAUAUGGUUUUCCAACAACAUACGAUGCAAAUGAUGUACCCACCGGUAGUACUUGUAAGAUAAACUGGCCUAUGUUAUAUACUACCAGUGCAGUAUCGAAAGCUUGGCAAAAUUUUUAUGAUAAUUAUAAAGGAAUAAGAGAUGCAUUUAUUAACCAAUGGUUAAAGAUUGUUGGAUUAUUUAAAGAUUCAAAUAACCUGCUCGGUUAUGAUUUAUUGAAUGAACCUUGGGCUGGUGAUAUUCUUGGAAAACCUCAUUUGCUUAAAGCAAGUGCUUCAUCAAAAGAAAAUCUUGGGCCAUUGUGGAAUGAUCUUAACACAGCAAUACGUACAAUUGAUAAUAACGGAAUAAUAUUUUAUACAGCCGUUACAUGGGAUUUAUUAGGUUCGGGUUUUGACACUGUUCCUGGUGGAGCUGAUUAUAAUAAUAGGAGUAGUUUUAGUUAUCAUUAUUAUCAGCCUCCAAGAAUACUUAAGCCUAAUCUUGAUUUAAUGAAUCGUGUAAGGGAAGCUAAAAAAGUUGGUGGUGCUACUAUGAUGACAGAAUUUGAGGCAGCAUAUGAUAAAGGAAAAAACUUGGAAAGUAUUUCAACAACGAUCAAAGCAGCUGAAAGUAAUUUACAAUCAUGGAUAGGAUGGCAGUAUAAAGAUUUUUUUCCAUUGACACGUAUGUUAAAUGGUGAAGGGCUAGUAGAUUCGGUAACCGGUAAAAUAAUAACUGAUACUGCCGUAGUAUUUUCACAAACUUAUCCUGAAGCUGUCGCUGGUAAAAUUAUAUCAUCUGGUAACGAUGAUGGAUUUUCGUUAACCUACAAUAUUGACACCAGUAUUGAACAACCUACAAUUAUAAGAAUACAAGAAACUUAUCAUUAUCCUAAUGGAUUCAGUGUAGAGAUUGUGCCGGAAGGAUUACUUGAAUGGGUGAAAUCUGAUGGCGGAAAUUUAGCAAUCAGUAUGAUUGAUAAACUAAAAAUUACCGACGGACAAGAAUUUACUGUUCGUAUUAUAUCUUUAUAA